AGGAACUUCAGAGACCACCGACCAGGCGGGUGGGAGGUAGUGGGAGUGGGGCUGGGUACCAGUAGGAGUUCAGGAAACUGACAGCCUGGCUUCAGGUUUGGUCGGCCUCGGGGCUGUUGCUGUGUUUCUGAGAAAAGGCUUCCCCGACCACUGGCCUCCCAGCCCCUGUGCUGACUCUUGGCCAAAACCUGGAAAUCUGAAGGAAUUAAAAGGAGCUGAGGGGAAGGGGUAUGUCUGGCAGAUGCAGGGUGUAGAGAAGGACAGGAGUGACCAGGACCAGGCUUUUGUAAAACUUUGCACAAAUAUUGUGGCUUUGAGUCAGGGCAGUUUCUCCCUCCAGCCAGAGCAUGGACUGACUGUGGGGGAAUCAGAAGACGGGACACAUAGGAGAUCAAGGCAGUCGACGCAGACCGAGAGCCAAGGGACCUCAGGCAGUGGACGAGACAAUGAAGCUUUUGAGGUACCAACCUACGAACAGGCAGUGGUGAUGUCAGAGUCACAGAACCGCCCCCAAGAAGUGGAUCAGCCACCCCCUUACUGCAGUGUUGUAAUCUCCCCAGAACUGGACAGAGGACAGGCUUCCCAACCAGAGAGACCCAGGACAGGCAGACUGGAACAUCGUGUGGGCUCCGAGGGGACUAUGACUCAGGCAGAACACCACGGAAGACCCCUUAUCAGCCUCCGGCUUCGGGGACCACGUGUUGCAUCCACUGCUCCUGAUCUGCAGAGCUUGAGGGGGACCCCCAAAUUGGAGCCCCUUACUCCACCCCCUGCCUAUGAUGACUGCUUUGCUCACCCUGAUGAUGAUAACGUUUUCUAUGAAGACAACUGGACACAUUCCUAAGCGACUCACUCAGCACUUCCAUCUCUCCACAGCAGACCCGCUGACCCAUCUGACCAGCAUUUGUCAGUGUCAGAAACAUCGCUAUGUGUCAGGAACUGCAUUUUCACCCGAACAUCAUAAAUGGAGACCUGAACCCAGAGCGGAGUCAGGUUAUGUGGGUGACACGGUUUGAGUCUUCUGGCAAUGCUGACUGACCUGCUCAUGUCCUGUAUUUCGAGUUAGGUCGAGAGUGUAGUGGAGAGGUGAUCCAGGAACCUGGAGAAGGAAGAAAAGAAGUAACAUCUCAGCGACAGCUGUAUUACAUCUGCUCUGAUGCUUUGCCUCUUAGAUGCCUUAGGCUUUCAGUCAUAUGAGGUAUUACUACCCUCUUUAGAAAAUGAGGACCCAAGGAUCAGAGGAUUUGGAACUUGCACAAGAAUACACUGCUAGUAACAUUAAAAGAAAAAAACCUUUAAUGGA